AACACAUGGUAACUCCGGUUUGUGAGAGGAGUAGACGCUGAGAGCCAGGAGCUGCCCUCAGUUUAUCAACAGCACUGAUUAGUAGUAUUAUCAACACUAAUACCGCUCGGGUUUAAAUGAACAGGCGUCGCGCAUGGUUCAACAGCUCCUUUCAGCACACUUUUAUGGAGUUUGUGAGAAACAGCAGUGGCUAUUGCCCAGCACAACAUAGCAUCUUUGCAGACAAGUAAAUCUAAGCAAGAACCUGAAGACUACCAUUUUGGAUUGACCAUCAAGUUUAAAAAAAAUAAUCCAAGUGAUAAGAGACUUGGCCUGUUCGGUAUCACUAGUUGCAUUCUAAUUGUUUUGCAAUGCAUCUCCAAAUGGGGUGACUGAACUGUUGAAUGUAAGAAGCAUUUGUAGUUUGAAGGAGAGCAAAUAAGAAAAAACGGAAAAAGGGACUGAUUUUAUAAACAAAGUUUAAAGAAUAAUAUUUUGUUCUUGUGCUACAAUAAGAAACCUACAAUUGUAUGAAGACAGCGCACAUAAAUUAAAUUGGAGGUACUAAGAUCAUUUACAGACCUUGUGCUAAGAUACUUCUGUGCCACCGGUUUCCAAUCCAAUGGCUCGCAUGAAUCGCCCUGCACCCGUGGAAGUUUCUUACAAACACAUGAGAUUUCUCAUUACACACAAUCCAACAAAUGCCACAUUGGGUGCAUUUGUAGAGGAGCUAAAGAAGUAUGGUGUAACAACUCUUGUGAGAGUAUGUGAUACCACGUAUGAUAAGAAGCCAGUGGAGAAUGAGAGUAUUGAAGUAAUAGAUUGGCCAUUUGAUGAUGGUGAUCCACCUCCAAGCAAAAUUGUGGAUGAUUGGCUAACUUUACUUAAAACAAAGUUUUCGGAACAACCUGGAAGCUGUGUAGCAGUCCAUUGUGUUGCUGGCCUUGGGCGGGCUCCUGUACUGGUAGCAGUUGCUCUUAUCGAAUGUGGAAUGAAGUAUGAAGAUGCCAUUCAAUUCAUCAGAGAGAAACGCAGAGGUGCCAUCAACAGCAAACAACUCUUGUACUUGGAAAAAUAUCGGCCAAAGAUGAAACUUCGUUUCAAGGACCCUAAUAAUCACAAGAAUUCUUGUGCCAUCGUAUAAACUUGAACACUUUCAGCUAACAGUGGUUUACAGUGAUUUUUAUAUAUUAAAAAAAAUAAAAUGCCAUUGGGUUUCCUGUCUUAAAAUCCAAUCAAAUAUUUUUUCCUCCAUUAGUAACUUGAAUAUUUAUUUAUACAAAAAUUAUCAAUUAAAAGGAAGUACAUUAGUUUAUGAAGGCAUGGUGAUUCUGGUUUAAAGUUAUAAGCAAGUUUACCAUUUGAGAUAAUUGUGCCAUCUGCUAUUUUAUAUCUACCCUUUCCUAAACAAAAAUAUCCUCGUUGUUUAAUCUUUGGCUUCUUCUCAAAUGGAAAAUUUGUGUGAUGACCUAAAAAAAGUAUGGGUCGAGGAAAGCAAUUGUAAAUAUAUUGCAAAUUGACUUCAAUACGAUUGAUCAUCUGGUUGAUUGGUACAGUUGUGGUUAUAUAUUGUUAAGUGGCCUGAUGAAUUGAGUUGAUGAUUCUCAUAAAGUGCACCCUUAAGUUUAUUGGGCCAAAUGUAGUUGAAUAUUUGGCAUUAAUGAGCCACCUUGUGUACCUUUUGACAGUUUCACUCCUAGGAUCUCACACUUUGUGAACAAUACUCAAGUACUAGAAUUACUAAUCUAUACACUUCUGGUUCCAGCACCAAAUUGGUAUUCGAACCACUUUGUUGAUAUUUGGUUAUUUGCAAACAGAUCAUUUCCUGUCUCGCAUUAAAAGUUGCCACUAAUUGUGUACUAAUCCUGGAUUUAACCAAACUAUUUACCCAAUUACUUAACCAAGUCUAAUGCUUACCCUAGUAGGGGGUAGAUGUUGGAAAGCGGAAGUGAAACAAGAGUGUUUGAUGAUGAUUGUUGAGACUGAAAGAUUUUUUUUUCAAUAGUUGUAUCUGUUUGCUAGGACAGUGUGAGAUGAAGUCUCUUACACAUCAUAAAGCAAAAUGCUGGAACGACCCAAAUAUUGAAAGAUCAUUGACUGAAACAUGAAUUCAUUUUCGUUCUAUACAGAUGCUAUCAGACCUACUGAAUAUUUCCAGUUACUUUCAUUUUUGUUUGAGAUUUCUAAAAAUUUGCAGGUUUCUUUUUGCUUUCAUCUUAUUAGCAGGUCUUGAAUCCCCAACAUUUGACUAUAGGUUGAGUUAACUGAGGGAUUUUAAAACUAAGGAUAUGCUUAUUGACAUAAUAAAUGUUGUAGUUGAAUGGGAAUAUCUAUGGGUGCAUUCAUACUAUAUUGGUAAUGACAAUGAAAACUAGUUUUGUAGUUUUAAUUCAGCCCAUGUUAAAAUCAGGGUGUGAGAACUAUCACAGUGGAGUCAAUAGUACAAGUUGAGAAAGUUAAUUUAAAACUGUGCCACCUCUCUGUGAGCGGUGCAUUAUUGCCAUUCGCAAUAUGGCUACUAUAUUAGCUGUUUGGAUUUUCAGGAGAAAGUGAUAUGAUCUAGACAAUUUUUACUUCUUUUUCCAACCUAUUUGCACAUUUGCUCAAAGUCCAUUCAAUAUAAUUAAUGGAAACAAUAACCAAAUACAAAAUCCAGCAGAUUUGCUGACUUUUCUCUAGGUUAUGAUUGCAUCCUUGGACUGCAGUUAGUGUGGAGGACUUGUAAUCAAACCUCAUAAUUAUGGGACAUGAGAGAAUGCCGAUACUGCAAUGUUUCACCGCUGAGUUCCUGCGGUAGUUUAUUGUGCUUCAAAAUGAUGGGGCUUGAAAAUUCAUAUAUAAACCGCUCCCCUUUCAGCCACUAGUCUUCUAAGCUCUCAAAUCAAUAUUUGUUACACUUGGACUUGGAGACUGAACUCUCUAAAUCUUGUAGUUUCAUGUGACAUUUUAGACAUAAUGUGAAGCAAAUUGUGGUAAUAUGAUUGCAUAACAAAUUGGAGCAUCAAUGCCCAGCAUGCAAUGAUGGGAUAGUCUGAAGAAGGGUCUUGAUCCAAAACGUCCCCCAUUCCUUCUCUCCAGAGAUGCUGCCUGUCCCGCUGAGUUACUCCAGCAUUUUGUGUCUUCCCUCGAUGGGAUAAUGAAUUCAGGUUCAACCCUGUGCAUUGCUGAGAUCUGAUUAAUGCGUAUUUUUUUUCACUCUGCCCACAAACAUUUAAUGAGCAAUAGGAAGGAGUGUAUAUUAGAAACACACAAACACUCAUUCUAAUCGCCUUGCAUAAAUCUGUGUUGAUUUAGUUACACUGAGUUCACUAACAUUUCCAUUUGGCCAAAUUUCGAACAGAAUCUAAUAAGUCUUGAGACUUGAUAAUUUAUGCCUGCAUUAUUAUUGUAUUGGCAAUACAAUAAUGGUAUCAGAAAAAGUAAAAAGCAGAACAGCUUGUUUGCACAGCAUACACAGCUAUAGUACAAUGAUUUAAAACAAAAAUUCUACUUAUACUCAAUAUUGAGCAUAUUUAACAAAAGCAAACAACUAAAAAAUUCCUGUGAUUUCAUUAAAUGUGGAGCGGCAUGGUGGCAAAGUGGUAGAGUUGCUGCCCCACAGCGCCAGAGACCUGGGUUCGAUCCUGAAUACUGGUCCUGUCUGUACCGAGUUUGUACGUUCUCCCUGUGACCGCGUGGGUUUUCCCCGGGUGCUCCGGUUUCCUCCCACACUCCAAGGACGUAUAGGUUUGUAGGUUAAUUGGCUUUGGCAGGGUUGUAAAUUAUCCCUAGUGUGUAGGAUAGUGUUAGUGUAUGGGGAUUGCUGGUCGGCGCGGACUCGGUGAGCCGAAGGUUCUGUUUCCGUGAUGUAUCUCUAAAAUAAACUAAAUUUACCCAUUACUGGUUCUAUUUAUCCCACCCAAAUUCAAUCCACUCCUGGUAUUUCAGUCCUUCAAAACAUCUCUGUUCUUUUUUGUUUACAGGCAGGUACUAUUUUCAUAAACUGUAGACAUUUUAUUGAAAUCUAUAUUGAGGGAUAUUGUAAUACAUCGAUGUUCAAAUUAGUUUAUGAAUCAAAAGUUAAGGUUUCUAUCAUGUGACUAACCGUCACAUUUACCCUUUAAAAUACAUGAAAAGCAUGUAAUUCACCUCAAUAGCUAAUAUAUUCAGUAAUGUCCUGCUCAUUUUUAUUAAUUAUUGAUGUAUGCAAAUUCAGAGAUGUAGGUGGAAGUAAAACCAUGUUUAAAUCUUAAGCGUUAGUGAUUAAAGAGUGCACAACAUUUUUCAUACACAUUUUUGUAUGGUAUGUGUACGGUUUCUUUAUGCAUUCCUGUACCUUAUUGUCAUCAGUGACAGAUGUGGCAGGUUUCUGUAUAUAUAACCUAAUGAUUUAAACCUCAUGUUCCCCAAAGGAAACUAUGGCAAUGCAUAAAUAUAUUUCCCCUUUUUUUUUUACAUGGUGUGUUAACAGUGCUGAUAAUUGGUAGUUUCUUCCCACAAGGGGGAAAAAUUUGAGCCCUUCUAUCUAGGUUUAUAUCUAAGAUAGCCUAAUUGAGUCCUGCAGCAAAAAAGCCUUGAUUCAAACUGGGGAGAGUUGCACAUCUGGAUUUUGCGAGAGAUUUUUUGAUUAGAUGUUUUAAAUACGGGAAUGUCGGCUAUAAUUCAUUAAUAGCUCACUUAUCUCCAGGUGAGGGUGAUGUUUGAGGCUAUUUUUAGAGUUUAGUAUAUUACUUCAAUUGAUGCAGGAAAUGCUUUCUUUAGACUGUUGUCCUUUUUUUUUUUUUAAGGUACUAGUUUCUCAUCAGCUCUAAAAAGAUAAAGAAGAACACAAGGGGGUUUGGAGUUCCAGUCUUUAAUACUUAAAUUAUAGUUUGGUCAUUCACCAUGGAGCCAAUUUAUGGAAGUCUGCUUCACCAAAAGCGUUAUGCAUAAUUUCCUUUGUCACCAGUUUCUUUUGAGAACGCAAAUAGCAAGUGGAGCCAGAAAACAAAACUUGACUUGACCUUUUUAUGGCUAACAAAUUGAAAAUCAUUCCAUCAUUUAUCUUCAUAAAACGUAAUUAUCUUUUUAACAUGGCGUUAGUUACACAAUCCUAAACUUGCAGGCCACUACCUCACUUCUAAAUGGGGCAGAGUAAGCCAAGAGAAAACAGCAUCAACUCAUGCAAGCACAUUCAAACACCCCAUUAAUUAACAUCUGUCAUGAUGGUCACUGAUCAUGGUCUUUGGAGCUCAAACUAAAUGUCAGCACUUAACCAUUUAGCGAAUGGUCUGAAAAAAAAUCUUUGCUUUGAGCUCAAAAACCAAGUAUUGUGAUUAAAAUGUAUUUCUUCCACCCCACCAUGAUGCUUGAACAUUGUAUCAAUGGACACAUCAACUAAUUUAUAACCGAGCCUUAAACUGUCAAUUAGUAUUGUCCAGUCACACACAAUGUCAGAAAGCAUUAUCUGCAUCAAUGUUUCCUUAUAAGAUUCAGAGAUUAUGGAUUUUGAAAUUUAACAUGCAAUAUGGAAAUCUGGUUACUUUAUCGUGCUCAAUUUGCUUAAUGUUUUACUUGGAAAAUGUAAUAUCUAACCAUAACUUGUCAUUAAAACUGCUUUUUAUGUAAUGUGGUUUUCAUCCUAAUAUUGAACAAGCAGUGAGCUUAAUUAAUUGACAGACAUAUGUGGCAUUAUUCACAUUUGUAGGUUUUGCAUAUAAACAGACACCCAUGUUUACUGAAUGUACAUUGCAUCUGAGAGAACAUCCCUCAGUUGUACGUAAUUGUAAACCACGAAGCCAUGAACAGAUAGCAGCCAUCAUAUUGGUGAGUAGUCCUGCCCUGUGCUAGCAAUGUGCUAAAUUUGCUUUUAUUUUUGUGCCCAAAGUUUCAGAUGAUAAAUCUGAGUUCAGUGGCCUUCACUUUAUCAAAAUAGCAUAUGAAGUGCGUGCGCACACAUACACACACAUUUAAAAUGUGUGAACAGACACCAAUAAUGUAGCACAUUUUUAUAGCAUCUGCACUAAAAGCCUGCAGGUAAAAUAUUUCAACGGACAAAAUUGUAUAACCUACCACUUUAAACCCAGAUGCAAGUCUUUAUUAUUGAAUAGCGUAAGUGCCAGUGUUUUCUGUGGGUGGGGAACUGAGUGAAAGCUGGGUCAUUAUUAUGUUACAAUAAUGGUUUUGGGCUGAUUAGACUAAAUCAUAUUCGUCCAGCUGUUGUUUUAAAGGACUGACCUGUUUCAACAUUUCCAUUUGUAAAAUAGAGAAUAGAAGUACUAUUCACAACAGUCUUCUGGAAUUAUUUGAAUGGAGCAAUUUUACAUUGAUUAUUAUUUGUGAAUAUUAACGUAUUAUAGAUAAGAUGUUUUUCCUCCUAAAGUAAAUGGAACCACAUGGCAAAAGAGAAGGUGAUUAAAGAUGUUUCUCUUACCAAUAAAAAUGUUCUGAAGUGGAUUAUAAUGACAUGUUAUUGUGUUGUUGACUUCAAUAAUUAAAGUAUCCAAUUUUAAUGUAUUCCUGAGUAAAAGCUACACAUACUAUGCUGUUAAUUUUCUCCCAAGAUCCUGUAGGCUACACUGCAAAGAUAAAACUGUGAUCGAGAAAGAAACGUCCCCUGGAAAUGACAAACUUUUUUUUGAAAAAAAGAAAAGCAGGAAAUCUACACCAAAGGACUUGUCCAAAUUAACAAUGAAUCUGAAUGUGUCUGCUAUACUUAGAUGGAGCUAUUGUGACUGAAAUAAUUACAUUUACCCCUUUGAUUCGGUUUUUGUAGACUGUAAAGUAUUGUUUUAUGUCAGACUGCUAAUUUUUUAGUGAACAAUUUUUGGUGUUCAAAACAAUUGUGAUUACAAUUUGAUGAAUUUGCCUCAAGCAAGGUAAAUAAAAAAGGGCUUUCAUUUUCA